AAACCGUUUGCAUUUUCCGUACUCUCUCCCACGCGGCGACGAAAAUGGCGAUCACGAUCUGCGACCUUCCUUCUCCCCCCAGUCACCGCCGCUUCCACGUCGACCUUGACGAAACUUAUAUUUCCGUCACUGUUACUGCCAGGGCCGCCGUUGUCCGACGCUGGAUCAACACCACCAACUACCUUUAUCGACCCUACCUCGGCAGACUCAUCGUCGGUCUCGGCGUUCAGUGGACUCCCGGAGACGGAGAUGCACCAGCAGAUACAUUGCAACUCUGCGUGGGAUGCCGGUGCCUUGUGUACCAGCUGAGUCACUCACCCUAUGUGCCGAGCAAGCUCCGGCAAUUCCUCAUGGACCCUUGCAAUACCUUUGUUGGCUUCUGGAACCAUUCGGAUCGGUUGAAGCUCGCGAUUUCGAAGCAUAGGCUGAACAUGCUAAGGAAUCCUCUGGAUAUAAGGGAGUACGUGGUAACAGACGACGGUGAGAGCCUCCAGGGGGCUUCGGUCGAGGAGAUUGUUCGAGAAUACCUUGGGAUUGAUGGAGUGAGAAUGAGAAAAGAGAUCAGUAUGAGCGACUGGGGCGAUGAGUCUCUCAGCGAUGAGCAGGUUCUGCAGGUGACUCUCGAUGCUCACUGUGCGUUUGAGAUCGGGAAGAACAUUAGGGCUUGGAGAUUCACUUAG